AUGAUAGCUUCAUAUUCGAACAAACCAACAACGCUUCUCAUGAAACCUCAGAGUGUGGCUAAAGCAGCCGCACUACUGUUCUACACACUAGCACCAACGACAGUUCACAUCGCAAUGGCGACCAACACCAGCACUAUUACGAGUUUAUCCCUGCCAUCAACUUCAAAAGCAACGAACGCAUCGUUCGCUGUUUCAAACAAAACCACAACAACGACGAACAGCACAAAGAUACGCGAAUGUCUUCCGUACACUCAAGUUUUUCCUGAUCUCAGCCAUCAUCCGGCCUCCAUCUCUAUAUUCACCUUGCUUUACACCCUAGUAUUCGUAGCCAGCGUACUAGGUAAUUCAGGUGUAAUAUACGCAACAAUCAAAUAUCGCAGUCUACAGACAGUUCAAAAUAUUUUUAUCGUCAAUUUGGCUGUUAGUGGCGUAAUAUUAGCUUUUAUUUCAAUUCCAUUAACACCCGUAACCAAUAUAGCGAAAGAAUGGUUCUUCGGUGCACCCAUGUGCCGCACAUUCGCGGGAGUUCAAGCUGUCGGUGUUUUCAUCGGCACGUUCUCAUUGUGUGCAAUAGCUGUUGAUCGUUAUUUCCGACUUGUGAUAGCUCCAGGCAGCCCAUUGAGAAGAAAAAAUGCAAUACGGAUAACAAUUCUUUUAUGGAUUAUAUCAAUUGUCAUAGCAUUACCAUAUAUGGUUCACGUCAAAAUGCGUACUUACGAUGAAUUCAAUAUCUGUGGCAUUUUCUGCACAGAGGAAUGGCCGAACGUUGCUUCGAAACGUACUUAUACCAUAUUUGUACUCGUCGUGCAGUUCUUGAUUCCAUUCACAAUCAUGGCAAUAUGCUAUCAUGCUGUUUUUGCAUUUUUACGACGACGGGCGAAGUCUCGCUUGACCAGUAUCGCCCAACAAGCCAACCUUUUAUUAGUUGUUGCUGCUACCGCUGGACGACAGACACAACAACAUAAAGAGCAGUUGACACACUUACUCGAACAAAAGAAACGCGUGAUGGCUCAGAAGCGACGUGUCACUCUAAUUCUAGUCUCGAUGGUGCUCAUUUUUCUGAUCACAUCACUUCCACACAAUAUAGUUAGCACACUUAUUGAGUUUACGGACAAUACACGCAUGCUGAUGUUUAAUAAAGAAGAUUACACAUAUCUGACGAAUCUCUUCACACAUCUACUUGCCAUGAUGUCAUGCGUCUCCAAUCCUCUACUCUACGCAUUCUUGAAUCCAGAGUUCCGCGAAUUAAUCAUCUCAGGGUUAUCAGGCUUUAAAUGGACCUCACAAUUUGCUUCACGAACAUUCCAGCCUACACAAACAACGUUAUUUGAACGAUGUAGCGUAGUCAAUGCACGCGUGUAUCAGAAACAACCUUCUGUCGAAGUUCAUCAACUUUAA